AUGGCGCCCACUUGGUUCAUGGCUGUGGGCUUUUUAUUGAUCGUUUUUCAGGCCUCAGCUUCAGAGACCACAGAGGAGGCAAACUGUGUACCUGGAUUCAAGUCAGAUGUGUUGAUCUUCAGAGUGACCAGAAAGCACCUGGGGCCGGGUACAAGGCUGGGCAGAGACUUGAGGAACCACAAGAGAGCCUGGGUAAAGAGAAUGGUUACUCUUCUGGAAGGACACCAGGACUUCUUUAUCCACUCCUGGAACUUGCACGGCCAAAAAAUGACUGUUCCAGUCACAGUUGUGCACUAUAGGCAUCUCCAUGGACAAAAUGAUGGGCAUCACCAUGGACAUCACCAGCAAAAUGUUGAGCAUCACCUCGGAGAGCACAGACACCACAACAAUCAGCACCACUUGAAUGAAGUGGACUCUGCUAACGUUACAGAGAUCCUUUCUAGUGAAGAUAAAGUGAAGACGAUAUAUUACAGCAUCACUGGUCCAGGAGCUGAUGAGCCUCCCUACGGCCUUUUCACAAUGGACAGGAUCACUGGUUAUUUGUAUGUGACAGAGUCUCUGGAUAGAGAGAAGCAGGACAGGUACACGUUUCAAGCCCAUGCUGCGGUAGAGGGGUCACGAAAUGCCGAGGAGCCGAUGGAUAUUAUAGUGAAUGUGAUAGACCAGAAUGACAACAAACCUGCUUUUGUUCAAGAUACAUUUCUGGUAGAAGUUCCUGAAUCCUCACCAACAGGUUUUGAGGUGAUAACGGUCUUGGCCACAGAUAUGGACGAGCCGGGUAAUUCCAAUUCCAUUGUUCGUUACAGUAUUCUGAGCCUGGAUCCAGACUUCCCCAGUGGCCCAGUGUUUGCGAUCAACCCAAUCACUGGAGCAAUCAGAGUCAAUGCCCAUGGGCUAGACAGAGAGAAACACCCAAAGCACAUUUUGGUGAUAGAGGCAGCAGACAUGGACGGAGAAGGGUUGACUGUAACUGCAAGAGUAAUCAUCACUGUAUCAGACAGCAAUGACAACCCUCCAGCUUUCACUCAGUCCACUUAUGAGGCAACGGUACCAGAAAAUAGAGUGGGCGCUCUGGUCGUUACGAUGGUGGUAACAGAUCGUGAUGAGCCACAUUCACCAGCCUGGAACGCCAAAUUCAAGAUUGUUGAUGGUGAUCCUGGAGGCCUGUUCACAGUCACAACAGGAAGUAAACAACAGGAAGGGAUCAUUACUACUGCCAAGAAACGGGCAUCGUGCUUAAUUUAGUCACUGAGCUGGAAAGUGGAGAAUACAUUGUGGUCCUGAGGCUUAGAGACAACGAUGGCAUGGAGCAGUACAACACCGUCCAGGCCACAGUGUGUGACUGCACAGGAGAAAUUGUGUCCUGUUCAGGGCGAAUUGCCGUGGGAAUGUUUGAGGAAUGAAAUUAUAUAAAAUCAAAGCAAAAUCCAGGCAGCCACCUAACUGUGGUCAAUGAGUUAUCAAUAAAUGCUUUUUAAAAAUGAUUGGUAAUUAUCUGUUCAAUAGAAAACU